AAAGACUAGUAAUUAGUUAAUAUCUGUGUCUGCAGUUGUCUCUGCGGUAAGAACUAAUGCGAGGGCAGCUGUUCGCCCUCGCAGCUUCUCUGUCCCAGUAUCCCACAUUCAUCGACCGUUUUUGAAUCUUGUUUAAUAAUCCAAUCCCCGCUAUUACAUCUGGGCAUAAACUGCAUGCGAUACUGGUCCUGAUUUGAACAUAUAUGUGUUUCAGCACGAAACAUUAGAUAAGCAUUGACAACAAACGCACCGACCGAACGCAGUGCCUAUCACUUCCGGUUUGUUGCCAAGACAACAGUUGCACGCCUCCUCUAAACUCAAAGUCACAACAAACGCUGUUUCUUAAUGGAAGCUUAAACGUACUUUUUUUUUUGCCGCAUUCACGCUGCUUUUGUCGUUUUUGCUCCAAUUUGGGUUACUCCUAUUACUAUGAGUCAACGACAGAUUUUGCAAGUGUUUGAGCAAUACCAGAAGGCAAGAACACAGUUUGUGCAAACUGUAGCAGAUCUUGCAGCAAGACCACAAAAUACUGAAACACUUCAAAAUGCUGGUGUAAUGUCCCUUUUGAGGCCUCUCCUUUUGGAUGCAGUCCCAACUAUUCAGCAGACAGCAGCUCUGGCUCUCGGAAGGCUUGCCAACUACAACGAUGACCUGGCUGAGGCUGUAGUAAAGGGAGACAUUCUUCCUCAGCUUGUGUUCUCCCUGGCUGAGCAAAACACACAGCGUUUCUAUAAGAAAGCUGCCGCAUUCGUGCUUCGGGCUGUUGCUAAGCACUCCCCUGAACUGGCCCAGGCCGUGGUGGACUGUGGAGCACUGGACGCUCUCGUCAUCUCCCUGGAGGAGUUUGAUCCUGGGGUCAAAGAGGCUGCUGCAUGGGCAAUAUGCUACAUUGCCAGACAUAAUGCACAGCUGUCUCAGGCAGUGGUUGAUGCUGGAGUUGUGCCUCUGCUCGUGUUAUGCAUGCAGGAGCCUGAAAUUGCCCUGAAGAGGGUUGCUGCUUCCGCUCUAAGCGACAUAGCCAAACACUCCCCAGAGCUGGCUCAAACCGUGGUGGACACAGGGGCGAUCGCCCACCUAGCACAGAUGAUACUUAACCCAGAUGCCAAAUUGAAGAGGCAGGUUUUUUCAGCUCUAAGCCAAAUCGCCAAGCACUCCGUAGACGUAGCUGAGAUGGUGGUGGAGGCUGAAAUAUUCCCUGCCGCACUGGUUUGCCUGAAGGACCCGGAUGAAUAUGUUCGGAAGAAUGUCGCCACUCUUAUUCGGGAAAUCACAAAACACACCCCCGAGCUGUCCCAGAUGAUAGUGAAUGUGGGGGGCAUAGCAGCUGUGAUUGACUACCUCGGGGACUCCAGAGGGAAUGUACGCCUGCCGGGGAUCAUGAUGCUGGGCUAUGUGGCUACACACUCCGAGAACCUAGCCAUGGCUGUGAUCGUAUCUAAAGGAGUUCCGCAGUUGGCUAUCUGUCUGGAGGAAGAGCAAGAAGAUCACAUCAAAGCAGCCACAGCUUGGGCAUUUGGCCAGAUUGGCAGACACACACCUGAGCAUGCAAAAGCUAUAGCUGUGGCCAACGUGUUCCCUAAACUCCUAAGUCUCUAUUUGGACUCUGAAAGUUCUGAAGACCUGCAGGUCAAGGCCAAGAAGGCAUUGAAGAGCAUCCUUCAGAAGUGCACUUAUCUCCCAGCACUGGAGCCUCUUCUCUAUGAAGCUCCCAGCAACGUUCUUAAACAUGUCAUCUGCCAGUUCAGUAAGGUUCUUCCUCAUGACAGUAAGGCACGCCGAUUGUUUGUCACCAGUGGUGGUCUGAAGAAAGUACAGGAGAUCAAAGCAGAACCUGGCUCUGCAAUUCAGGAAUAUAUCAAUGCAAUCAACAGCUGCUACCCCGAAGAGAUUGUCAGGUAUUAUUCACCUGGUUACUCUGAGAUCUUGCUGGAAAGGAUUGAUAACUAUCAGCCAGUGUGAUUUCCUUUACUGAAACACUAUGAAUGCUUUUUAAAAAGUUGUGAAAAAUAAAAUUACCAUACC